UGUUUUGGGGCACAGUGUAUACAGCAGUACAUGGGGCAGACCUGUCUAAUAAACAGUCUCUGUCAUAAUGAACACUCUCUGCUGUUUUUACAUAGUUUACUUUAACAUGAAAGGUUUCUCAGACAGCGCGUGAUGUUACCUGAGCCUGAAGGGCGGGAACGUUAGUGACGUAUUUCUACUAACUUCAGCUAGCUUCAGCUGCUACUACUAGAGGAAAGAAAGCAGCCAUGGCCGAAGCCGGAGCCCAUCUGACCUCCACGACUGUGAACGAGCAGCCGUCGGUGUUUGAGGUUCUGGCUCAGGAGUCUCUGAUGGAGGCGGUCAAACCUGCACUGAGACAUGCUGUCAAGGUUCUGGCGGAGUCCAACCCGUCCCGCUUUGGCUUCCUGUGGCGCUGUUUCGAUGAGCUCUACCUGCUGCUGGACCUCCUCCUCCAGAACCACUUCCUGUCUCACUGCAGCGCGUCCUUCUCCGAGAACUUCUACGGCCUGAAACGAGUGUCGGGAGGUCGAGGACUUCCUCUUCACCUGGGCCUGAACAGGAAGUCACACUGGCGCUCUCUUCUUCUUCUGUGCCUGUUGCCGUACCUUCGGUCCAAGCUAGAGGCCACGCUGGCCCGUCAGAGGGACGAGGAGGACUUCUCCAUCCGGCUGGCGCAGAGCAGAAGCCAAAGGCUGUACAGGGCGGCCCUGGCGGCUUACCCGUAUGUCAGUUCAGCCUGGCAGGCCUGGGUCUUCUGCCAGCAGUUGCUCUUCGUCUUCGGGGUCUCUAAGACCCACAGUCCUCUGCUGUGGUUGGCCAGGGUCAGACUGGCACGACUUAAUGCUCAAGAUAUAAGAGAGAUGGAACUGAAAACCAGCAGAACCAGCAACCUAGCUGGAGGAAGCCUGGCGCAGAGAGCGUGGUGGUUGAUGUCCCAAGCAGCGAGGGGAACAGCUGUCUCCCUCUCCACCUCCCUCUCUCUGGGCGUCUUCUUCCUGCAGUUCCUGGAGUGGUGGUACUCUUCUGAAAACCAGAGCGCCGUGAAAACCCUGACCUCCGUGCCCGCGCCGCCGCCCCCCCUCCACCUGCAGCAGGAGCAGAGUUGCCGAUCCCCUAAUCACAGUGAAGACCAGGCCAAGCCAGGCCGCGACAGCAGCAACUGUCCGCUGUGCCGGAGACUUCGAACGAACGCCACGGUGUUGUCCACCUCCGGCUUCGUCUUCUGUUACCGCUGCAUCUACACGUACGUGAAAGCCAACCGCCGCUGCCCCGUAACCGGCUACCCCACCGAACUGCAACACCUCAUCAAGAUCUACUCACCAGACAGCUAGACUACAUGUUCAACAGUCUGAGCACAUGUUCAGGUUCAGCUCCGGCAUGUUUGGAGGAUCUUUUUCUGAAACCAGAGGCCUUGUUUUUAAAAAGUUCUAGGGAUGGAAAUAUCAGUCAUGUGGAUCAUCAGUGAAAACUGUGACCUGUUGGAGGUACUACAGGACCAAUCAGAGGACAUGAAUAUCUGUAUAGACCUUCAACUUCAACCAGUAGUUGUUGAGAUAUGAAGGUAUUAUUCAUUUGUUCAAUACUUGUGUUUACGACCAAAUACCUGCAGAACUAAUCAGCCUCAACUGUACUCUUAUCACUAAUAUAAUACCUGGUUACUACUUAGCUUGAAGCACCACCGUGCCUAAGUGCGGCUUCAUAGAGCUGCUAGCAUGGCUGGGGACAUGUUCUAUUGUAUAUAAUGGACUUUAUGACGGUUUUUGAUCAACUGUACAGUGAUAGAAGAAUUCUAUUUCAGCUCAUAUCACAUUGAAUAUUUAAAAAAUCUGUGUUGAAGUUUCCUCAGUGGUAUUAGUUUUUUUAACACCCCACCAUGAAGUUGGCAGGAAAUAGUGCAGCACGUAGACUCUCACAAAAUUAUGAUUUUUAUAAAGUGUAUAAAGUUAUUUUGUAGGACUACUAUCAGUAUGAGUAAUGGGAAAUGCAACAGGUUGUCAGUGAAUUGCUUUAUUGAGUUUCCAGACAAGUUUAACAACAGGCCCACUUAAAAAAAACAACAAAGAAACAGAUAAUCAGGAUCAACGUCACAACAUUACAGUGAGAGUAAUAAAAAAAAAAAAAAAAAAAAAGGGCUUCAAUAAAAUGUUCACAAACCCCUGAAAUAAAACAGAGUGUGAAGAAUCAUCAAGAGUCACCUUCCCUUUUUAAGCUCCUGGCUGCAGCCGAACCAACACAAUUCAUCAACAAGAAAAUCAGGACAAGAAGAAAAAACGGGGCUGAAACAAGUAUCAUCAUCAUCAUCAUCAAUAAUAGUCACAGUAAUAGAUUGCUCGAAUAGCGUGUAUUGCACAUGUGUACACAUAUAUGCACUUUAUAUACAUGUGAGUCAGCAAGAACUAGACACAUGUUGUAUUGUUGCAACAGGAAAGAUUGGAAAAAAGAAAAAAAAGAAAACGACAGCACGGACAGAGAAGAGUCAGGAAUGUGCUUGUGAUCAGUUCCAACAAAAACGGCGUUUUCGAAUUUUUCAGUCACGAGCUGGACGAGAGAAGAAGGGUUAACACGGCGAAUGACUCUCCUCGAAAAAAACAGGAGGAGGUAAAAGAGAGAGAGAGGAGGUGACGGUCACAUUGAUACUGCACCUCCUCUGUCCCACCCAAAAAGUCCAAAAAUACCCAGAAAGACCCCUCCCCACCGCAUCAUAGCAGGACACUACAUUUACACCACAGUAUCAAACAUAUCAAGAAAUAUACAGUAUUAAGUCAUGUAGCAAAAUAGUCUUGAGUGUGUGUGUGUGUGUGAGAGAGAGAGAAAGUGUGCAUUCCACCUCACCGGUGUGUGUGUUUGUGUGAGUGGGAGCAACAGUAAAGCUCUGGACUGUGACGGCGAGAGGUUUUCGUCACCCUGACGACACAAACCAUCAGAUUCUGUCAAUACUGUCAAUAUUGUAUUAAGAGUUUUUAGUGUACAGGAUAUAAAGUCUGCUGGUGCCCCUUCUUUUCAGUAGGCCUCAGGACCAGGACCCGAACCCGGACGACCGUGGUGACUCCUCUGUAACGCAGAACUCCAAUCUGUCUCAGGACGAACCGACCAAAAAACAGCCAGUUAAAGCUUCAGUCCACUAUCUGUGCUUCUCUAUGCCCUCUGGCAGCUGUGCAAAAUCAAGCAGCAACCACCACCACCACAUAAAGGACGACUUUGUCUUCUACAGCUUGGGUGUUAUUUUUGCAGUAUUGGCCAUCAUAU